AUGUCGAAAGACCAGAACAAUUUGGCACAGUUCAAAUAUGCGGCCAUGUCCAACUUGGUCCUGCAGGUGGACAGGCGCUUCACAAACCCGCGCCGACCGGACGAGCACACUGGCGAUCCUGAGUCGCUCGCAGGCCGCAUUAACAUCCGAGACAUGGGAGGACGGACAGGUCGUGACAGCGCAAAUGCGCAAGCAAAGAAGCUCAAGGGACCUGGUGUCGAACGAGGAAACCUGGGUGAAGGUGGCGACGUGCUGGAGCGUGAGCAGCGAAAGAGAAAACGGGACGACGGUACAAGUGGGUUUGGAGCUAUCGCUACUGCCGACUUAAACAUCGAAGGCCUCACAUACAAGCCACGGACGCCUGCGACCCGCCAGACGUUCGAGUUUAUCACCACCAUUGUGAGCAGAGCUCUCGGCGAUGUCGACCCCGCGACCACGCGAAGUGCGGCCGACCAGGUCCUCGAGUAUCUCAAGGAUGACAACAUGAAGGACUUUGACAAGAAGAAGGAAGUGGACGAUCUCCUCGGAACCUCCAUGGGCGCAAAGGAAUUCAACGAGCUUGUGAACCUGGGCAAGAAAAUCACAGACUACGAUGCGCAGGACGAGGAUGAGGGAGGCGAUGAAGAGAUGGCCGAUGGUGAGGGUGCCGACAAUGGCGACAACCAAGGUGUAGCUGUCGUGUUCGACGAUGAAGAGGAAGACGAAGACGGGCCCCAGACGUUCGAAGUCCGAGACGGUGAUAGCUCGGAUGAAGAUGAGGCAGCGGCGCCGAUUGAGCAGAUUGGAGAGGAUCAGGAUAUGAAGGGUGGAGGCUUUGUGGAUACAGAAGAGACGAUAAUACAGGGCGACACAGCUGCUGCGGAUGCGAAGAGCGCCACAGACCAACUCAUUCCUGCACACGAGAUCGACGCGUACUGGUUACAACGGCAGAUUGGACAAAUAUACGAGGAUGCGCAUAUCCAGCAAGAGAAGACACGGGACGCGCUCAAGUAUCUUGCAGGAGUCUCUGACGACGGCGAAGAGAAGGAGCUGCGCGAGAUCGAAAACGACCUCAUGGACCUGUUUGAUUACGAACACCACGAGCUGGUUGCGAAACUUGUGCUCAACCGCGAUAGGGUUGUCUGGGUCACAAGGUGGCGAAGAGCUGCAGAGGACAACGACGAGCGGACGGCAGUCGAGCGGGAGAUGAAAGCUGCGGGGCAGCAAAAGAUCCUGCAAGAGCUGCGCGCACGAGAGACUGGUAUCAAGGCUGAGGAUGGCGCUGGCGCUGGGAAGAUGAAGUUCAACCUUAAGGACAUCAGCCUCCCAGAACCCUCGAACGAUGUGGAGAUGGCUGAUGCGAAGCCUGAGGGCAUCGUUGGCGGCCUGCAACCAUCGAGUCGACUUGUCAACCUGGACAACAUCGUUUUUGACCAGGGAAACCAUCUGAUGACAAACGCUAGCGUAAAGCUGCCACAAGGCUCUACGCGACGACAGUUCAAGGGCUAUGAGGAAAUUCACGUACCUGCACCGAAAGCGAAGCGCGACCCCAACGAGCCGGCAUUGAUGCCUACCUCUGAGCUACCGGACUGGGCACGAGUGGGUUUCGGCAACUCGAAAUCGCUCAAUCGUAUUCAGACUAAGUGUUUCCCGACAGCCUUCAAUGAUGACGGAAACAUGUUGAUUUGCGCGCCCACCGGAUCCGGAAAGACCAACGUUGCAAUGUUGACUAUGCUCCGAGAAAUCGGCAAGCAUCGCAACCCACAGACCGGCGAGAUCGCACUAGACGACUUCAAGAUCAUUUAUAUCGCUCCGCUGAAGGCUUUGGUGGCUGAACAAGUCGGUAACUUUGGCAAGCGUCUCGAACCCUAUGGCAUCAAGGUUUCUGAGCUUACUGGUGAUCGCCAGCUCACCAAGCAGCAAAUUGCAGAGACCCAGAUCAUCGUCACCACCCCUGAAAAGUACGAUGUCAUCACUCGUAAAGCCACUGACACGAGCUACAUCAACCUGGUUCGUCUCAUCUGUAUUGACGAAAUUCAUCUUCUUCACGACGACCGUGGUCCAGUUAUCGAGAGCAUCGUCAGUCGAACCCUUCGACGCAGCGAGCAGACUGGUGAUCAAGUACGCAUUGUAGGAUUGAGUGCUACUCUUCCCAACUACCGUGAUGUGGCGAGCUUUCUCCGUGUGGACCCCGAUAAGGGUCUGUUCCACUUUGACGCCACCUUCCGUCCUUGUCCGCUUAAGCAGGAGUUUAUUGGUGUCACGGAUAAGAAGGCAAUCAAGCAGCUCAAAACUAUGAAUGACGUCUGCUACACCAAAGUACUGGAGCAGGUCGGUGAACACCGCAACCAGAUGCUGAUUUUCGUACACUCGCGAAAAGAGACUGCGAAGACGGCAAAGUACAUUCGUGACAAGGCACUGGAGGAGGAGUCAAUAGGCAAGAUUCUUCGAUCAGAUGCUGCCAGCCGAGAGAUCUUGAGGGAGGAGUCAGAGUCAGUACAAAACGCCGACCUCAAGGAUCUUAUGCCAUAUGGUUUUGGUAUACAUCACGCUGGUAUGUCCCGAGCGGAUCGUACUUCCGUUGAGGACUUGUUCGCCGACGGCUCCAUUCAGGUCCUUGUUUGCACAGCAACAUUGGCUUGGGGUGUCAACUUGCCUGCGCAUACCGUCAUCAUCAAGGGAACGCAGAUUUACUCUCCCGAGAAGGGUAGUUGGGUCGAACUAAGUCCACAGGACGUUUUGCAGAUGUUGGGUCGUGCCGGUCGACCUCAGUACGAUACCUACGGAGAGGGUAUCAUCAUUACCACACAAGCCGAAAUCCAAUACUACCUGUCGCUGCUUAAUCAACAGUUGCCUAUCGAAUCGCAACUGGUCAGCAAGCUUGCAGAUAAUCUCAACGCCGAGGUCGUGCUUGGAAACGUACGUAACAGAGAUGAAGCGGUGGACUGGCUCGGUUACACAUACCUCUUCGUCAGAAUGCUUCGAUCACCGGCUUUGUACCGUGUGGGCCCGGAGUAUGAGAAUGAUACUGUACUAGAGCAGCGGCGAGUGGACCUUGUUCAUGCGGCUGCACACGUCCUGGAGAAGUGCAGUCUCAUCAAAUACGACAGGAAGACUGGAGCGUUGAACCCGACCGAGCUUGGAAGGAUCGCUUCCCAUUACUACAUCACUCACAACUCCAUGGCAACGUACAACAUGCACAUCCAGCCUGGUAUCAGUGCUAUUGAGUUGUUCCGGGUGUUUGCACUCAGCGAGGAAUUCAAGUACAUCCCCGUCCGUCAAGACGAGAAGAUCGAGCUUGCGAAGCUACUAGGCAAGGUCCCGAUUCCUGUCAAAGAGGGCGUCGAAGAGGCCCAGGCCAAGAUCAACGUUCUUCUUCAAGCUUUUAUUUCUCGGCUCAAGCUGGAAGGACUAGCGCUCAUGGCUGAUCUGGUCUACGUCACACAGUCGGCUGGACGUAUCCUGCGUGCAAUCUUCGAGAUUUGCCUCAAGAAGGGCUGGUCUCAGGUUGCCAAGUUGGCUCUUGACAUGUGCAAGAUGGCUGAGAAGCGUAUGUGGCCUACGAUGACGCCACUUCGACAGUUCCCCACUUGCCCAAGGGACAUUGUGCAGAAGGCAGAGCGUAUCGAUGUCACAUGGCCAAGCUAUUUUGGCCUUGACCCGCCAAGCAUGGGUGAGCUACUAGGCAUGCCCAAGGCUGGCAGACUUGUGUGUGGUUUGGUAGAGAAGUUUCCACGCCUACAGAUCGAGGCCACACCGCGACCGGUGACUAGGUCCUUGCUCCGCUUGGAACUCACUAUUCGACCCGACUUUACCUGGGACACGGAGUUACAUGGAGCCUCGGAAGCUUUCUGGAUUCUAGUAGAGGACUGUGACGGCGAGCAGAUUUUGUUCCACGACACCUUCAUUCUCCGACGGGACUACUCUGAUGGUGAUGCCAACGAGCACAUCAUGGAGCUGACGGUUCCCAUCGAUGACCCGAUGCCACCCAACUACUUCAUCACUGUUCUCUCAGAUCGGUGGAUGGCAUCUGAGACAAAGCUCGCUGUGUCUUUCCAGAAGCUCAUUCUUCCAGCCAAGUUCCCUGCCCACACCCCUGUCUUGGACCUACAGCCACUGCCGGUUUCUGCCCUCAAGAGGAAAGAAUACAUGGGCUUGUACGAGAACGUCGGCCGCUUCAACAAGGUUCAGACGCAGACAUUCAACACGCUGUACACCACAGACGAUAACACUCUUGUUGGCGCAGCUGCAGGUAUUGGCAAGACGAUCUGUGCUGAGUUUGCUAUCUUGCGACACUGGGCUACCGACAAUGAGGGUCGUAUUGUGUACCUAGCACCGUUCCAGGAGCUCGUUGACAAUCAGUACAAGAACUGGAACGAGCGGUUAUCCGGUCUCAGUGGAGGCAAAGAUAUUGUCAAGCUCACUGGCGAAACCACAGCCGAUCUCCGAUUGCUCGAGAAGGGUGACCUCAUCUUGGCUACACCUUCACAAUGGGAUUCCCUCUCUCGCCAGUGGCAACGCAGGAAGAACGUCCAAUCGGUAGCUCUGUUGAUUGCUGAUGAGCUACACAUGCUCGGUGGUUCAAACGGCCAUGUCUACGAGAUUGUUGUUUCUCGUAUGCAGGCAAUGGCGAUACAGAUUGAGUCUAAGCUGCGCAUUGUAGGCCUGGCUGUCUCUCUGGCAAACGCACGGGACAUUGGCGAGUGGAUCGGCGCGACCAAGCACACUAUCUACAACUUCAGCCCGGCUAUCCGAGCAGUACCACUGGAGCUGAAGAUUCAGUCCUUCACCAUUCCUCAUUUCCCAUCUUUGAUGAUGGCUAUGGCGAGGCCGACUUACUCUGCUAUCACACAAAUGUCUCCCGACAAACCGGCUAUGAUAUUCGUCCCUAACAGGAAGCAAGCUCGAAAUUCCGCCUCCGAUCUCUUCAACGCUUGUGUUGCCGACGAGAACGAGGAUCGUUUCCUCAAUGUUGAGCUGUCGGAAAUUCAACCGAUCCUUGAGAAGAUCAACGAACACUCACUCGCGGAGUCGCUGUCUCACGGUAUUGGUUACUUCCAUGAGGCUCUCAACACUUUCGACAAGCGGGCUGUUCAGCAUCUGUUCAAGGUCGGUGCUGUACAAGUCAUGAUUGUGUCACGCGAUUCCUGUUGGGAGGUUGACAGCAGCGCUCAUCUCGUCGUUGUUCAAGGCACUCAGUUCUAUGAGGGACGUGAACACCGAUAUGUGGAUUACCCCAUCAGCGACAUACUACAAAUGUUCGGCAAAGCUGGUAGAGUCGGAGUGGACAAGUCUGCCAAGGGUGUACUCAUGCUUCCUGCGGUCAAGCGCGAGUACUACAAGAAGUUCUUGAACGAGGCAUUGCCUAUCGAGAGUCAUCUCCCCGAUUACCUUCAUGAUGCCUUUGUCGCCGAAAUCAGCGCAAAGACGAUCGAAUCCACACAAGAGGCUGUUGAUUGGUCAACAUACACGUACUUCUACCGUCGUCUGCUAGCCAAUCCUAGCUACUACAACCUCCACAGCACUUCGCACGAAGGUCUCAGCGCGCAUCUGUCAGACAUGGUUGAGCAAACGCUGAAGGAGCUGACGGAUGCCCAGCUGAUCGAGCACGAUGAGGAUGAAGACUCCAUCACGCCUCUCAACCCAUGCAUGAUCGCCGCGUACUACAACAUCUCCUUCAUUACCAUGCAGACUCUGAUGAUGUCUCUCAAUGGCAGGACCAGCUUGAAGGGUGUGCUGGAGAUUAUCACCGCCGCCACAGAGUUCGAAGAUAUUCAGAUACGAAGACACGAGGACCACAUCUUACAACGCAUCUACGACCGCGUUCCUUUUAAGAUGGCCGAGCCCAACUUCGAGACGCCGCAUUUCAAGGCUUUCGUCUUGCUUCAAGCUCACUUCUCGCGCAUGCAGCUCCCGAUUGAUCUGGCCAAAGACCAAGAAACCGUGCUGCGAAAGGUGCUCAACAUCCUCAGCGCCAGUGUUGAUGUCCUCUCGUCCGAAGCUCACCUCAACGCCAUGUCUGCCAUGGAGCUCUCACAGAUGGUGGUCCAAGCAAUGUGGCAGAAGGACUCACCACUCAAGCAAAUCCCCCACUUCGACGCCGACACGAUCAAGGCAGCCCAGAAAUUCGACAUCAACGACGUCGACGACUUCAUCAACGCCAUGGAUCCCGACGAGAACCCAGACUACAAGAAGCUCAUUGCGGCCCUGAAUGUCGACCAGCGCCAACUCGCCGACAUUGCAAACUUCACAAACAACUUCUACCCCAACGUCGAGCUCGAGCUAGAACUCGUCGAUCCAGAAAACAUUGCCUCGAAUUCGCCCGCCCAACUCAAAGUUCGCGUCACACGCAACAUUGAGGAGGACGAGGAACUCAAGACAGAAGUUCACGCGCCGUUCUAUCCUGUCGACAAGACGGAGAGUUGGUGGCUGGUCGUCGGUGACCAGAAGGAGCGCACGCUGUUGGCCAUCAAGAAAGUGCCUAUCCUGCGCAAGUUGCAGACCGUGCUCGAGUUUACGCUGGAGAAGCCUGGCAAGCAUGAGUUGAACUGCUAUCUUGUUAGUGAUAGUUACCUUGGUGUGGAUCAGGCGCCACCUUUUACUGUGGAUGCGGCCGAGGGUAUGGAUGAGGAUAGCGAGGAAGAGGAAGAUGAAGAAGAUGAGGAUGAGGAUGUCAAGGACGUGAAGCCUGCGAUCUGA